AUGUAUGAGAAUAUUAAAAGAAGAGUAGAAAGUGUAGUUGAGAAAGGGAAAAUUAUUGACGAGUACAAAACCAGCGAGGAAGAAGCUGAAGCCUUUGGCAAAUGGAACGAGGGAUUUGCUCGUCAAGAUCAUCCCACUGUAAUUCAGGUAGUGUCACAAGCUGGGAAUGAGAAGGAUAUUAGAGGCCAUUCUAUGCCAAAUCUCGUCUAUGUGUCUAGAGAGAAGUGCAGGACAUCCGAGCACCAUUUUAAGGCAGGAGCCCUUAAUGCACUGCUUCGAGUUUCGGCAGUAAUGACAAAUGCACCAAUUAUACUGACCUUAGAUUGUGACAUGAUAUCCAAUGAUCCAUCGACGCCUCAUCAAAUGCUGUGUCACUUCUUGGACAAUUCUCCAAAAUUGGGUUUUGUUCAGUACCCUCAACAUUUUGAUGGGCUUAACAAGGCCGAUAUCUAA